AUGGCGACCAAGGCCGUGUGCGUGCUGAAGGGUGACGGCCCGGUGCAGGGCACCAUCCACUUCGAGCAGAAGGGAAGCGGGCAUGUCUUGGUAUCGGGACGCAUCACAGGGUUGACAGAAGGCCUCCAUGGAUUUCAUGUUCACCAGUUUGGAGAUAAUACACAAGGCUGUACCAGUGCUGGUCCUCACUUUAAUCCCCUAUCCAAAAAACAUGGUGGUCCAAAGAGUGAAGAGAGGCAUGUUGGAGACCUGGGCAAUGUGACUGCUGGCAAAGAUGGUGUGGCUAAUGUGUCUAUUGAAGACGCUCAGAUCUCGCUCGUAGGAGACAAUUCCAUCAUUGGCCGCACAAUGGUGGUCCAUGAAAAAGAGGAUGACUUGGGCCAAGGUGGAAAUGAAGAAAGUACAAAGACGGGAAAUGCUGGAAGUCGUCUGGCUUGUGGUGUGAUUGGCAUCACCCACUAA